AUUGCGUAGAGUUGGUCGCGUUUUAAUCGCGCGCGUUUUCCAUUCACAAUUUCACAUUACGAAAAUUACGAUAAAACGAACGAUAAUUGUGACAGUGACUUGUGUACUUUGGUCUUUUUAUUAAUUCUGUGACUAGAUUUCUCUAUUUUAAAAUUUGCGACUGUUCCACGAGGUUACUAUAUAAUUAGUAUAAAAGACUGUAAGUAUAGACAGAGAUUAGUGAUAAAGUGUAUGUGAAAAUGAACCAGUGACCAAUCAUCAGUCAGGAUGCUGUCCAGAGGUAUCAAAUACAAACGGCUCGAUGAUAUUGAGAUCAGCGAGCCGGGGCAGGAGCUGGUGGCGGUUCGCGUAGCCAUCAAUGGCAUGACCUGCCAGUCCUGCGUGCGCAGCAUUGAAACCUCUGUGCGAGAGCUGCCCGGAGUUGAGGAAGCAAAGGUGGAACUGUCAGAGCACGCCGGUUACUUCCGAUAUGACCCUCACGUGUGCUCGCUUGAGGCGAUCCGCUCUCACAUAGAGGACAUGGGUUUCGAGGCGCCCACCGACGUCGUUGACGACGAAACUAAAAAUUUGUUACCAAAAGAGAUUCCGACGGAUGUUUUGAUAGACAUGUCGGGAUCCGCGGAGAGCAACCUAGAGCUGUCUGUCGUCGGCAUGACUUGCCAGUCCUGUGUCAACACUAUUGAAGGUCGUUUACAUGAGAUGUCGGGAGUGCGACAGGCGUGUGUCAGUCUCGCGGAGGGCGUGGCGCGCGUGCGCGUGGUACGUGACGUCAUCACGCCGCAAGACGUCUCCGAUGCAAUUUAUGACCUGGGCUUUGACGUCACCAUACUCACAGUCGAUGGUCAACCUUACUCAGAGUUAUCAUUACAAAACAAAAGUAACGAGGCAUCCGGUGACGCGGUCAGACCUAAUAAUGUCUCCAAGACACAUCUCAAUGGUGACGCGGGCGAGGCGAGUAUGUCGGAGCAGACAUCACGCUGCACGUUAGAAGUGCGCGGUAUGACGUGCGCGUCAUGUGUCGCCGCUAUUGAGAAGCAUUGCUCUAAAAUAUAUGGCGUGCAAUCAGUAGUGAUAGCCCUACUGGCUGCGAAAGCGGAGGUGCGGUACGAACCUCGCAAGGUAUCUGCACCGGACAUAGCGCAGUCUAUCACCGCACUCGGUUUCCCCGCCGACGUGCUAAGCGACGGCGAUGGCUGCGGACAGAGGGAGCUAGUAUUAAAUAUAAAAGGCAUGACGUGUGCAUCUUGCGUCAGUAAAAUAGAAAAGACUGUACUUAAAUUAAGCGGCGUCGUGUCCUGCGCUGUCGCACUGACUACUUCCAAAGGAAAAAUAAAAUACGACACAGAAAUGAUAGGUCCUCGUACGAUAUGCGAAGCUAUCAAUAGUUUAGGGUUCGAGGCGACCGUUGCCAGUACAAAUAGCCGCGGCGCCACUGAUUACCUCGAGCACAAAGAAGAAAUAAGAAAAUGGCGUAAUGCGUUCUUAGUAUCCUUAGUAUUCGGAGGUCCAUGUAUGAUAGCUAUGACUUACUUCAUGGCGACGAUGCCUCAGCACAGUGCACGAGAUAUGUGCUGUGUAUUGCCUGGCCUCAGUUUAGAGAACCUUAUUAUGAUGCUGUUAGCUACACCUGUACAGUUUAUCGGCGGUUGGCAUUUCUACAAGCAGGCGUACAAAGCAUUACGUCACGGUAGUCCCAACAUGGAUGUUUUGAUCUCAAUGACUACAACUAUAAGUUAUUUCUACUCUCUGGCGGUGGUGAUAGCAUCAAUGUCGCUACAGAAAGACACAAGUCCCUUGACAUUUUUUGACACUCCACCUAUGUUACUGGUGUUCGUGUCUUUGGGGAGGUGGCUGGAGAAUAUUGCUAAGGGCAAAACAUCAGAAGCAUUAUCAAAGCUGCUGUCACUGAAGGCGACGGAGGCGGUGCUGGUGACAGUAGACAGCGACGGCAAUGAGCUGGCAGAGAAGAGUAUACCCAUUGAUCUGGUGGAGAGAGGGGAUAUACUUAAAGUGGUCCCCGGUGCCAAGGUACCAGUGGACGGCAAGGUUAUAUCUGGACAGAGUACAUGUGACGAGUCUCUUAUCACAGGAGAAUCAAUGCCCGUAGCGAAGACUAAAGAUUCGUUAGUGAUCGGUGGCAGUAUAAACCAGCACGGAGCGUUGUUGGUGCGCGCGACACAUACUGGCGAGGCGAGCACACUGGCGCAGAUCGUACGCCUGGUGGAGGAUGCGCAGGCCAGUAAGGCGCCAGUACAGCGCCUCGCUGACACCAUCGCUGGUUAUUUCGUGCCGAUGGUUGUGUUCCUGUCAAUAUUAACAUUGAUAUGUUGGAUAAUUAGCGGUGCACUUGAUAUAGAAAGGAUAAAAGCUAUUACACCUGAGAUAUAUAGAGAUGGUACCCGUUGGGAGCUGAUCGUGCAGAGCGCGUUCCACUUCGCGCUGAGCGUGCUCGCUAUCGCGUGCCCGUGCGCGCUGGGUCUGGCCACGCCCACUGCUGUCAUGGUGGCCACAGGUGUUGGUGCAAAGCUGGGACUGCUCAUUAAAGGCGCCGAGCCGCUGGAAAAUGCACAUAAAGUGAAGACGGUGAUAUUCGACAAGACUGGUACAAUAACGCGAGGCAAGACGAGCGUGGCGAAGGUGUCGCUGCUGACGGGCGAGCCGGCCAGCCUGCCAGACAUACUCGCCUGUCUGCACACAGCCGAGCUCAACUCUGAACAUCCUGUAGCAUCCGCGAUAGUACGGUGGUGCGGGUCUGCGCUGGGUGAGAGCCGCGCGGCGUCGUGCAGCGGGUUCGCGGCGGCGCCGGGCUGCGGGCUGCGAGCGCGUGUACGUCUGCGCACCGGCGUGCAGCCUCCACAGCAGCUGCGCGACCUCAUCAACACUGCCAAGCCUGGUGACACGGUGCAAUUGUGCGGAGUGCCAGUGGAGCUGGUGGCGGGCGCGGGGGAUGCUGCGCUCAGCUCGGCGCAGGCGGCCGCGCGACUGCACGCACUUAUAGUACCUCCUGCUGACCACCAGGAGUUGGGCAGCGAGCAGGUAGUGCUGAUAGGCAACCGCGAGUGGAUGUCGCGCAACGGCGUGCCCGUGCCCGCGCGCGUGCAGGAACAGCUGCGGCACGACGAGCUGCUCGGCCGCACCGCAGUCCUCGCCGCCAUCAAUGAUCAACUGGUGUGCACUAUCGGUGUUGCGGACGAGGUGAAGCCGGAGGCACAUCUCGCGGUGUACUGGCUGAAGCGAAUGGGCCUUCAGGUGUGCCUUCUCACCGGCGACAACAGGAAGACUGCGCUCGCCAUCGCUCGACAGGUUGGAAUCAAUAAGGUGUACGCUGAAGUACUGCCGUCGCACAAAGUUGCCAAAAUACAAAAACUACAAGAACAAGGACAGAAAGUAGCAAUGGUGGGUGACGGCGUAAACGAUUCACCGGCGCUUGCGCAGGCAGAUGUGGGCAUCGCCAUCGCCAGCGGCACUGAUGUCGCCGUUGAGGCAGCAGACCUUGUACUCAUGCGGAAUGAUCUACUAGACGUCGUGGCGUGUUUAGAGUUAUCUCGUAGUACAGUGCGACGAAUUCGUCUUAACUUCGUGUUCGCGAGCGUGUACAACUUGCUCGGUAUACCGCUCGCGAGCGGAGCGUUCGCGUUAUACGGUCUGCAGUUACAGCCUUGGAUGGCAUCAGCUGCGAUGGCGAUGAGUUCCGUGUCUGUGGUCUGCUCUAGUCUACUACUGAAGACAUUCAAGAAGUCAUCAGUAGAGCAGCUGCGCACUGCUGAGUACUUGCAGUCUCUGCAGUGUGAGGAGCUGGAGACGGUGUCAGUGCACCGCGGCCUGGACGAGCGUCUGAACACAGAGCGGGCUGCUUCACCACUCGCCAAGUUAUUCAACCGAAGUAAAAGUAACGACGGAUGUCUGUUGCAAGAAGAGGACGACAUGCUGACUGUCUCUUUUAUACCGAAACAUCCGACACGAGAGCAGCCGAGUCUUAAUGGCUGAUUCAACUACGACUGACUAAUCUUAAUACUAUGAAACGAGUUAAACAACUAAGGUUGAAAAUAAUGCUCAAUUGAUACUUGAAUAUAGCCCUUUGUUGU